AUGUCAACAUUUAAAAUUUCUGAUAAUAAAGAUGAAAAAUGUCGUGUUGGUACAAUAGAAAUUGGUGAAAAGAGUUAUUCAACUCCAUCAUUUUUGUUAUAUACUAAAGAAGGUAGUCCAAUCAAUUUGACAAAAGAUCUUUUAAAUCAAUUACCACAUGAAAAAACUCAUUCAUUACAAUUAUUAUUUUCAGAUUUAUUUCAAUUUACAGAUGUUUUAGAAAAAUUUGAAAAAGGUGUACAUAAAUUUUUAGCAUUACAAGAUCAUUUAUUAUUUUUAUUAAUUAGAGAUUCAAGUAGUUUUGUUGAAGCAGAAUUUAAUGAUGAUUCAAUUUCAGUUACAACUAGAAAAGGUAAAACAAAAAUAACAAUUCAAGAUUAUGUAAAAUUGGUUAAAAUUAUUAAACCAGAUUUUGCAACAUCUCUAUCUGUUGAUAUUGCAUGGGAAACUUCAAGAAAGAAAGCAACUAAAAUUGUAAAUUCUUCAUCAGUUUGGUUAGAGAAAUUCUUGGAUUCAAAUACCACCACUGCUAUCAAUACAUUUGGUGUUAUUCAAGGUGGUAAAUUUGAUGAUCUUAGAAUGAAAUCACUUCAAGAUUUAUUAAAACAUAAAGAUAAAUUAUUUGGUACAAUUUUAAGUGGUUUUGGUACUGGUGAAACAAAUGAUGAAAGAAAUCAAAUUAUUAAAAAAUUAAUUGUAAUUAUUAUUAUUAUUAUUAUUAUUAUUAUUAUUAUUAUUAUUAUUAUUAUUAUUAUUAUUAUUAUUAUUAUUAUUAUUAUUUUUAUUUUUAUAAAUAUAUUAAUUAAAAUUGAUUAUUAUUUAUUUAUUUAUUUAGGAUGA